AAUGAGGCGAAGGAAGACGAGAGAAAAUAUCGAUUUACGGCAAGAAAAAGCAAAGGACUGUAAACGGGGAGGCCCUCUCACGCAAUGUGUGCAAUUAUAUGAAAACGUGCCUGUCUAGUAUAGUGUGAAUACAUAUGCAGAUAUUUAUUUCUCACUAGCAAAUCGUUGAUUUCAUGAAAUUUCAACCGGCGAGGGAGGACACGCCAGAAGGAGAGAGAAGAUGCUGUGAUACGCUUAGCCUACUGGCAGGGCUAGAGCGAGAGGGAGGGGGAGGGUGAUACGGUAAAGAUGGUUGUUUUGCAAGGGACGCAUCUUUCCUCUAAAAAAAUCGCAACGAUGUGGCUGUUGGACGAAACAUAUCAUUUCGCGUUACAAAGAAACUUCAAAAUGAUCCGAUUUUGACAGACGCUUAAAAGACGUGGAUAAACGUAGGCUAGGCUAACCACAGUGUAUGGACGCACUUGUGUGGCUAAUAACUCGAAGAUAACAUGCGGCUCCACCUGUGAUAUAGGCCUGCCACAGUGAAUACCAUUUACAUCUGUCUGCAUUGAACUAUAAGGACGUUUUUGUGUUGCGAUACGUUGUUUGAAUGAAUUGAUGUAGCAUCCCAAUGAUAGUAACCUGUUUGUGAUCAGGUUGCAGAUAGAAAAAGAAUGGUGCAGUCAAAACUAAUGUUGAUAAAUAUCUAUUGACGGUUGGUGCUGUCAAACAGAUAAGAUAUUGGUACUGAUCUCUGUUGAUUGACCAAUGUAUCAAAAGCAAAGCUAUUUCAAAUCUGAAAACUGUGACACAUAGGCCUACCAUGUUAUCAAUCUUGUCAUACUUGUUAUCAUGAUAGUUGUCGCUAUUUUGAGUUUAGGCUAGUGCAUACAUAACAUGAUAUGUGUGUCAUAGACAUCCAUUUACUCAGCUGUUGCCUACCUGUGAUAGUUUCAGUAUAAUACUUGUCUAUAUCGAAUGAAAGCAAAAAUACAUGAGUCCAGAACCACCGACCCAGAAAGAAGUAAAACCACAAUUCUUAAUUCAGGACUUGUCCGGUCUUUAGCUCUGAAUAUAGACCUAUAUUCAACUUCAGUCUAUCUCAAAGCAGCGCUGCAAUAUUUUUUCCUAACCAUUACCAUUGUUUUCCAGGCUUCCUUUUCUUAUUCGGGGGCGAUAAUUCAUGAAAUCCUCCUAACUAUAGAGCUAGUUAUCACCAUUAGCCGUUGUAAGUCGUAGCCAAUAGUUAGAGCAGUAUGAGUAAGGAACUGUCACUAAGUCAGUCAGCUCAAUAUGUUGGGCCAUAUCGACUGGAAAAAACACUGGGGAAGGGCCAGACAGGCCUGGUGAAGCUUGGAGUUCACUGCAUUACGGGACAGAAGAUAGCCAUCAAAAUAGUCAACAGGGAGAAACUGUCCGAGUCGGUUCUGAUGAAGGUGGAGAGGGAGAUUGCCAUCCUGAAGCUAAUUGAGCAUCCGCAUGUGUUGAAGCUGCAUGACGUUUACGAGAAUAACAAAUACCUGUACCUGGUGUUGGAGCAUGUGUCAGGUGGGGAGUUAUUUGACUAUCUGGUGAAGAAGGGCAGACUGACACCUAAAGAGGCCAGGAAGUUCUUCCGACAAAUCAUAUCGGCCCUGGACUUCUGUCACAGUCACUCUAUCUGUCACAGAGACCUGAAGCCGGAGAAUCUGCUCCUGGAUGAGAAGAACAACAUCCGCAUCGCAGACUUCGGCAUGGCCUCCCUACAGGUGGGGGACAGCCUGCUGGAGACCAGCUGUGGAUCCCCACACUAUGCCUGUCCAGAAGUGAUCCGGGGAGAGAAGUAUGAUGGUCGCCGGGCAGAUGUGUGGAGCUGCGGAGUCAUCCUCUUUGCUCUGCUGGUGGGGGCCCUACCAUUUGACCAUGACAACCUGCGUCAGCUCCUUGAGAAGGUGAAGAGUGGGGUGUUCCACAUGCCCCACUUCAUUCCCCCGGACUGCCAGGCCCUGCUCAAAGGCAUGAUUGAGGUCGACCCCGACAAGAGGCUCACGCUAGAGGCCAUCCAGAAGCACACCUGGUAUCAGUCGGGUCGUAACGAGCCUUGUCCUGAGCAGCCCGCUCCCAGGCGGGUGUGUGUGGGGCGCAUCCUGUCACUGACCGAAUUGGACCCGGACGUGCUGGACAGCAUGCACUCUCUGGGCUGCUUCAGAGACCGCGGGAAACUCACCCGUGACCUGCAGUGUGAAGAAGACAACCAGGAGAAGAUGAUCUAUUAUCUCCUGUUGGACAGGAAAGAGCGUUACCCCAGUUACGAGGAUGAGGAUUUGCCGCCCAGAAAUGACGUAGCGGACCCCCCUCGUAAGCGAGUAGACUCUCCCAUGCUGACGCGUCAUGGCCGCUGCCGCCCGGAGAGGAAGAGCCUAGAGGUGUUGAGUGUGACCGAGCAGGGGUCUCCCACCCCGACCCGCAGGGCCCUGGACACGGCCGCACACAGCCAGAGGUCUCGAUCAGUCAGUGGGGCGUCCACCGGCCUCUCCUCCAGCCCUCUCAGCAGUCCCAGGGUCACCCCCCAGGGCUCUCCGCUGCCCACCCCCAUGGGCACCCCCGUCCACCACCCCCACCACCCCUCCUCCUCCACCCCUCCCUCCAACUCCUCCUCGUCCUCCUCCUCACGGGCGGAGGGAGGCGGAGGGGUGGGCUCCCUGUCCCUGACUCCGCCCUCCAGCCCCGGAGGGAGUGGCGGCAUGGCGGCUAGCAGCUCCGCCCACUGGAGGACCCGUCUGAACUCGUUCAAGAACAACUUGCUGGGCUCGCCCCGCUUCCACCGCCGUAAGAUGCAAGUACCCACAUUAGAGGACAUGUCCAGCCUGACCCCAGAGUCCAGCCCUGAGCUGGCUAAGAAGUCAUGGUUUGGGAACUUCAUCAGCCUGGAGAAGGAGGAGCAGAUCUUCGUGGUGAUCAGAGACAAGCCGCUGAGCUCUGUCAAGGCAGACAUCGUCCACGCCUUCCUCUCUAUCCCCUCCCUCAGCCACAGCGUCAUCUCCCAGACCAGCUUCAGGGCCGAGUAUAAGACCUCUGGCGGCCCCUCCGUCUUCCAGAAGCCUGUGAAAUUCCAGGUGGACAUUGCCUUCUCCGAGGGAGAGAGGGAGCGGGAGAGGGAGAAAGCCGAGCGGGAGGGCAAGAGAGAGGCAGGCAUCUACAGCGUGACGUUCAGCCUCAUAUCAGGUCCUAGUCGCAGGUUCAAACGAGUGGUGGAGACCAUUCAGGCCCAGCUUCUCAGCUCCCACGAUCAGCCAAUGGGGGUCUCUGACCCCUUCCCAGACGAGAAGAACAGUCGGCCCCACGGUACCCCCACCCGCCAGAACUCCCGGCGCUCCGAGGGCGGGGGCGACCGGUGCGAAUGGGGCGAGCGAGGGGAUGGAGGAGGUAUCGGAGGCGGCAUCGGAGGCAGUGGGGGGGUCCUGCAACGCCGAGGCUCCGGGAAGGAGAGGACCCGACUACUGUCCUCCAAUGGAACACAGUCCCAACCCUAAAUCGGAGAGAGAGAGAGAGAGAGAGAGAGAGAGAGACCAGUCGGGUAGCAGGUGUCCAGACUCCAUUGGUGAAAAAAACAAGACAAAUUGUCAUCAGACGAAACCCAAACCCUUCACAAACCAUGAGGUAUACAGUAUCUCCCAUUCAACCCCUAGAAGAUGUCUCAACAAGAUGCUUUAAGCCUGAACACAAGCUGAUAUUUUUUUCUGCUUUUCACCUGUGUUAAAAUAUACAUUCAUGUUGAUUCACUGAAUCAAGCAGGGAUCCCAUUCAAACCAGUAAUAAAACAAAAACAUUUUUCCAGAGGGGAUACAAUAGAUGAGCCAGACACAGCACAGGUCAAACUAGGAACUUUGAAGAAGCGCUAAUUUGCAUGCCAAUUAGCCAGUCAUUACGAUAAAGGGUGUUUGAUUUGGAUUAUAAGAUCUGCUAGCAUACCAUUCCUUUGCAAUAACUCAAGCAAAAAGUUCAGAACGGGUUUCAACAAUCCUGUGAUGGUUCUCAAGAAUCCACAACGCCCCCUUCCCGUACCUCUACCCCACAGCAGCAUAACUGAAAAGGAUACCCGAUGGAUACCUUGAUGUGCCCAACAUUGUACGUACAUUUACUCAAAAGACAAUGAAAGGUGAUGGAGACACGUAGAGAACCCUCUUGCUUAUUAUCACAGACCACCCAUUCCAGAAGUUAGAACCGGCUGCCAGCUCAAUGAAUGACUUUGGCCACAACACCUUCAGAUCAUGUUUUAAAAGGGAGAAAUGAGGUCCUUUAAAAAAAAAAGGCAUUUUCAACAUCCUCUUCUUUUGCGGUCAAGAAAUGCAAAUUAAGCUAACUAAGUGAAUGUGAAAAAUAUUUUUUUAUUUAGGUUUAGUUAAGAUGAUGUAGUUAUUGAUUUUGAGGUUGGCGCUAUCAGCAGAGAUACAGGAGAGGAACGACAACAGGAAGAUUUGACAUCCUCGACAUAUCUGCUCCAGUAUCUGAAUGUGGAACCCACGCCGAUGGGAAUUUGAACGGAAGUCGGAACGAAGUCACCAUUGAUGUAUUAGAAAAAACAUUUUUGUUGUAUUUUCUUUUUACUCAGAGACAAAUACAAUGUAACCAGGAUGUAAGCGUCGUCGGGAAACCUUUGCUCUGAAGAAAAAUAUUUUUGAUUUGAAGAGAAAUAUGAAAAUAUAUUGAAGGAAAAAAAACAUGGGCAAAUAGUUACAUGGGUUGGACUUCCACUAUCUGUCCCUGAAUCAAUGAGGAGAGAAUUCCAGACCUAUGGAUUGGACAAACUCCAUCUGAGCUUGUCUCAUAUCACCACCCUAUUCACAUAUUGACUCCAAACAUAGAGUUCAACACGCAUUGAUCGAUGGACAUUCUCAUGAAGCUGUACUCAAAAUGCUGACGUAAUUACUCCUUGUUAUCGAAAGACUUCAAAAAAAGGCAAACAAAAUGAUAGCCCUUCUGCCAUCACCAAUGAGCCAAGUGAUCCAUCCUCUGCACCCGCCCGCGGCGUCACCUUAUAUCACCGCUCUACAAGCAGACGUAGCUGUUUUGACGAUCAUGUAUUACAACAGUAUUAUGUGAUAGAAACUAGACACAUUACCAGCCAGUCUUCCUUACUGCACAAUAUGCAACAGAUGCAGAACGUUUUGAGAUUUUCCAUUUCCUUGUUUAUGUAUUUCCGUAUUUAUUUACUUAUUUAUUUACUGUUAAUGUAUUUAUUGAUAUAUUAUUUAUUUAUGUGGGAAAUGUAUCUUGCACCAACAGAAAUAUAUCAGGAGCUAGGGAUAUAAUGUUUUUCUUGUCAACAUUAUUUUUUUCUUUGAUUUCUUUCUCUUUCCCGGGACACUCAUUUUGUUUUUUGGAUCAUGAACUUACAACAUUUACAUUCCUUCCCCGCAUUCUGUCUAAAUGUUAGUGUUUUAGUUUCUAUUGUAUGAAUUUGUUUAUAUAUUUUAUGUUCUGUUUGGGGUCGAAUUCACUGGGAACGAAACGGAAGCAAACGGGCUGACACAGGGACUACAUAAAGUUGUCCAAUGAGAUACACUGUUUUUUUGUUUGCAACGUGUUUCGCUACGGUGGGCACUAAUGAAUAUGACCCAGUUCUGAUUAUUGGAUUGUAAGAGUUGAGUCAGUGACUGAGUCAUGGGUUUAUAUUUCAGAUCUGUUGCACCACCUGUGACCAGGUCACAGGCAAAGGGGUGAGAGGGACUCUCUUUAAGCAUUCUGUAGAAAGUGACUGAGCCAGCAAUGAGCACAUUGCUCUAGCAAGCUAAACUGUCCGCAUUCAUUGGCAGACACGAGCAAACCACCAUCGUACGUACACCUUUCCUCCGACAACAUCAAACGCUCAUACUGCUCCCAUGUCUUUCUUUAUGCUUUUCCCCUUGACUUGAUGCGUCUGUCAUCACCAGUUCCAGCCAUCGUUGUGCGGACCACUUGACUUUGAGAGAGACCACGCUGUACACGUCGGGGGCGUCACCGUCGCUAUUCACCUUUAUGAUUGUUCACUGUCAUUUUCAUCAUCAUCAUCACCAAGAUCAUUAUAUUCAUCAUCCUUACUCUAGCUAAGAUUGUAAACUAUUGUCCAUUCCUAAGGGUCAGUAGAAUAAGGUGUUAAAAAAGAAAUGUCUGUAUCAUAAUUUAAAUAUAAAAGUGCACUAUUAUAACUAUUGCCUGUGAUAAAAAAAAAACAUGAAACAAUUAUGGUUGAAUUGAUGGUCAAAAUAAAGAGACAUCCACCUUAUUGUUAUGAUUAUAAUAAUAAACUCUAAAA